AUGAUAUAUACCGAUGGUAGUGCUCGACAAAUUAUUAUAUUUGAUCUAUUGGUUGCACGUACACAUAAACAAAUAGAUAGGACAAAAAUGUUUGCCUUUAUCCAACUUGUAUUCGUUUCAUUUAUUUUCAUUAUUUCAAAAGUUUCAACUGAAAAACAAUUUAAGGAAUCAAUAAAAUGUUACCUGACAUAUCAACAUGUAGAAUCUAGAAGUCCUAUAUUAAACAUGACGUUGGGUUAUGCAUAUCAUCAAACUGCAAUUACAUCAUAUACAACUGAUGCAAAUGAGCCAUGUUCAAAAGUUGGUUGUGCUUGUUUCAGUUAUAGAAGUGUUUGUUCUCAUGCAUUACGAGGAUCAAAUCAUCAUGCAGAAUGUACUGAUGAUGAUAAGCAAAAUGGAAUAAUUCAAUGGCAUCGUGGAUGGACAUCACAAGCUAAAUGUGAACAAAUGCGUCAACAACCGGAAACAUAUCUCAAUUUGACAUGUUGCCAUACAGAUCGAUGCAAUAGUCAACCAGAAAAAGUUAUUAAAAUUGUUGAUGUAAAAACACCACUUCCAGUGCUAAAUAUUUAUGAUCAUCAAACCCCACUACCUUUGUUGAAUCCACAAGAGCCGUUACAACAGUAUAAUGAUCACGACCAUCGAACUUCACAAUCUAUGUUUAUCUCACAUAAACCACCACAAUGGAAUAAUGAUUAUGUACAUUAUUCACGUACAUCUCGGUUGCCAGACGUCAACAAACCAUCGCAAUUGCAUGAUAAUGAUGUACACUAUUCAACUACAUCUCGUUUACCUGAAACUAGCAAGUCAUCACAAGUGCAUGACAGUCAUGUCAACCAUUCAACUACAUCACGUUUUACUAUCAUAAACAAACCAUCGCAAUUGAAUCAAAAUCACAUACGUAAUUCAAGUAUAUCACAAUUGCCUAACAUUCAUCGACCGACUCCAAUUUUAGCUUAUGACAAGUCUUUACAACAAAAGAAUACACUUGCAUCUCGUUCUCUUUCAAGUUGGAUGAUCUUCUUUUCUCUCGUUUGUUGCUACCGUUUUAUGAUACAAUCUUACUAA